GGAAAUUCAAGAAGUUCUUCAAGAAAACUGACUCCAUCAGAAGGCCAUCCAAGGGAAAGCUACAGGUAAGUAACUCUCCCCCGAAUCUUAUCUGUGUUAUAAAUGCAGGAAGCCACUAAGUACCCAGGUGUCUGGUACUUAGACAAUGGCUGUUCAAGACACAUGACGGGUGAUGCGAGCCUUUUGAGCAAUCUAAUUCCCUAUGAUGCUGCAAGAGUUACUUUUGGAGGAAGCAAUGAUUUUGGCCUUACAAAAGGGCUAGGAAAUCUGGUGUAUAAGGGACUAACCAUCCAGGCUGUGUCUUAUGUGGAAGGUCUCAACUAUAACCUUCUAAGCAUAAGUCAGUUCUAUGAUAAAGGUUAUUCUCUGGAAUUCUGCAAGGACAUGGCAUCCCUCAAGAACAUCUCCACAAAUGAAGUCAUUCUCACUAGGAAGAGAAUCAGGAACAUCUACGAAGUAAUGGGGGAAGAUGUCAAGGAAGCAUGCCUAAUCAGCAAAGGUGACACUAACCUUCUAUGGCUUUGGCACAAGAGGUUGAGUCAUCUCAACUUCAAAACUCUCAACAAGCUGUCCAAAGAAUGGUUAGUGGAAGGUCCUCCCAAGGCUGUAUACAAAACGGAAAGCAUCUGUGAUGCUUGUCAAAAAGGAAAACAGCCAUCAAAGCCUGAUCAUGAGGUUCUGGAUCUCUCAGACAAAGAUGAAGAAGUAAAUGAAGGAGAUAAAAUGAAGCCAAUGGAGUUCAUUCCAUUCGGAAGUCUACCACUGAAGACUUUUCGGAGAAGUCUGGAUUCAGACUGCGCUGAGCCUAUCGGAAAUCAUGGCCAGUCUUCCGAAAUCCCGGAUCUCUCACAUGGUGACAAUUCCAGAAAUGGUGAUCAAGUACCAAUCCAUCUGGAAACACCAACAAACUCCAUUGUUCAACCAGAAGCAGAGCUAGAUCAGCCAGUGAAUCCUAUUCAACACAAUCUUCGUUGCAAGAAACAAAACUCCAUCUCUACAUCAACAGCAGAAGCAGAGUACAUUGCUGCUGGUAUUUGCUGCGCUCAGAUCUUAUGUAAGCUGGAGCCUAAAUCUGAUAAAGUAAUUUUUGUGGGAUACCCCAAGGAAACUAGAGGGUAUGAGUUCUAUCAUCCAUCCGAUAACAAAAUUUUCGUUGCUCGGAAUGGAACCUUCCUUGAGAAGGAGUUUCUUUCUGCUAUCACUAGUCGGAGAAAGGCAAAGGAACCACGAUCACACCAAAAAACCAAACACAUUGUACGACGCUAUCACAUCAUACGAGAAAUCGUAGAUAGAGGAGAUGUGAUGAUUUGCAAAGUAGAUACUGACGACAACAUAGCCGAUCCCUUGACCAAGCCUUUAGGAAAGCUAAAGCAUGAGGGUCACACUAGGUCCAUGGGCAUUCGACCGAUGCUAGAUUGGCCAUAGUGCAAGUGGGAGAUUGUUGGAGUUGUACCCUCAUGGCCAACUGUUCAUCGUUAUCCUAUCAUGUAUAGGCAGAUAUAAUAUGUUUACACAUCUCAUGUUAAUGUAAAUGAAUAUUAUAUUCCUAGAUUUAUAUUUAAAGAUGUUUAUCAGAUAGUGUUAUUCUGGUGAUGAGACUAACAUCUUGAAAUAAAUAUUUAUCUGAAUG